AUGUACAGGCUCCGUGAAAAAUGCGCCAACGUUUGGGAGUAUGUUAUUGAAAAGAUGAGAAUGGUCACGAUUGACUUCUACAUUGCAAUGCUACAGAGUCUAAGCGAGGAAUCGGAAAUCUACACAACAGACCGAAGAACAAUGGAUCGAUUUCUCCGAGACAUGGAACAGCUAAAUAAAGAAAUCAACUACCACAAAGACGAGCUAAAUCAGGCGAUGGAUCAUUUCGUUAGCAAGUUAAUCACACUUGGACGUGGUGAUCGAGAGCCUUCUGACAGCCCAGUUCUUCGAGAGUCAGACAUAGUGAAAUUAUCUAGUCCAAUGCUACGCAUCUCUGACCACCAGACACAAUUAAACGCAUUGAUUGAGCGCAGUGAACGCCUGGGCCGACGUGUCAUUGAGCUUUUGCAAUCACUGGAAGUUGACAGAAACAGAAUCGGCAAUGAACUCAGCGAAAUGGAACGACUUCACCACGAGAAUCAAUCCCAAUUGAAUGCGAUGAUAGAAAGACUUCAACAGUGGAGAGGUACCGGGCGACGUCGCUACUCUCGACGGACUACGGAAUCAUCACGAACGCGACAGCGCAUGACAAUGGAGGCGGUGCGCGGCCUCUUUCCUAGAGACACGGACUCUUCUCCACUAGAUGACGAUAGGGACGAAGAAAUCGAAUACAUUUUCCAGGAUAUCGACCCCGUGUUUCUAGUGCCCCGGUCGCAUUCAACAAUGGAAGUAUUCGAUAUUGGUAGUGGUGGUGGUGGCGGCGGCGUUACCAGCAGCAUAGGAGUUGCGCCAAGCGGUUUAUAUGGCAUAGACCCGGAUGUAACGACUCACAGAAGCAGAAGUUACUCACGUGUCGAGACGUCCACUCUGCCCGCCCGAAUACGCUCUAUCCAACGCCUUUUUCCACGUCACUACCAGACCAAUUCCCAACAGCAACUGCAUUCACGGCGAAGAUACAGCUACUUAAUGGAGCAAGUAUUUGAUGAUGCACAUACUGAUUCUCAAUUACGACACCAUUCACAGCCGGCAUACAGUCUUGAUUCGAUGACUCGACAUUCAGCUUCCAUGACCCCAGUUAUGCCCCGGAUCACGACCUCACAAGCAAGUGUUCGCACCGGUAGUGCUCCGGGCACACAUAACGUCCGAUGUCAAGUCUCUGUCGGCAAGCUGAAUGUACAGACACAGAUCGGUGUAGCUAAGCGCAACUCGAGUUCUCAAGCGGAUCUGGUCAUCGAGAGUCAAACAAUGCCAACCUUGGUCAGCGAAAGGUUAACUGUUAGCAGUUUAAGGAGGCCACUUGUUCAAGAUGCAAUCACACAAAUUGGUGUCUGUACUCAUGACACCAAAGCUCAGACCAUCGAAGCAUGGCCCUCUGACCUCUCAGGACGCAGCUUAUCCGAGGCUUGUCCCCGUUGUAAGGCCGAACCGAUAGUUCACACAGCCUAUUCAAAGGGGCAGAAGAUGGCUAGAGCAAUGAGUCAACCUGCACAGGCGGUGAAGGUGCACAAAAAGCUGCAAGUUCUUAUGAUUGAGCCAGCUAAGGACGCUCAGACUCAAGUUGGAUUGGUCUCUCGUGAUUUCACUGCGAAGGUAGAUUUUCCCGGUAUGGGUAGUCUCCCAAGACGUAGUUUGGAGGAUAGUGCAAUGUAUGUACCGAUGAAAACGGAGGCAGUCACCACAAAAUCAGCAGAACAUCAGAGCCAAAUGGUGCAAACGCUCAGUCAGCGCACGAUGGUAACUUCAUCCCAGACGCGAACAGAUCUGAGAAUCUUGUCACCUGAUAAUUUGCGUGACAUGGCAGUUCAGAUUGUUCCAGCCACUGCUACUGCCCUUGUCGACUCGGCAGUAGAACUAGUGAUUCCGACUACCAAAUCAAAAAGAUCAGUAGAACAGAUGAUACAAGUUGAUCUCAGAUCUCCGGAACUUAUUAAGGGAGAGGAUAGACACGGAAAGAAGUUGCAGGUAAAUAUCCAGCCGGUCACUAUAAACAGACAGACACAGUGGUACCAAGAGGAAGUGCGGUUUAACGUAUUCUCCCAGACAAAGUCUGCCAAUAUUGCGACUGUGACAGCACAAGUAGAGCACAAGUUACCGCAGACAGAUAUGGGAACUUCAACAAAGGCAAGUCAAGUUGAGGCUGAACUUCUACUCUCUGCUCAGCUGAUAGUCGAUGACGUAAUUCAGGCAUGUAAGUCAACUUGUGACAAGGUUACACAGUCAGCAUCACCACCGCGUGACUUUGCCAGCUGUCAGACUUUGGUUAUUCAUACAGAGGAGUCGUGCUGCCAGCAGGUGACCAACCUUGCCCUAGCAACUAUACAAACUGACACGGUGACUCAACCUGCUCAGAUCACCUGGGCGAGCCAGACAGAG